UCCCCCAAAUCCUCGCAAAUCACAGCGCCGCCGCACCCACCACUACCGCUCGCCCAUCCCACCCGCGCAGAUGGCCCGCACGAAGCAGACGGCGCGCAAGUCCACCGGCGGCAAGGCGCCGAGGAAGCAGCUGGCGACCAAGGCGGCGCGCAAGUCCGCCCCAGCCACCGGCGGCGUCAAGAAGCCCCACCGUUUCCGCCCCGGCACCGUCGCCCUCCGGGAGAUCCGCAAGUACCAGAAGAGCACGGAGCUGCUCAUCCGCAAGCUCCCCUUCCAGCGCCUCGUCCGGGAGAUCGCCCAGGACUUCAAGACCGACCUCCGCUUCCAGUCCUCCGCCGUCUCCGCGCUGCAGGAGGCCGCCGAGGCGUACCUGGUGGGGAUGUUCGAGGACACCAACCUCUGCGCCAUCCACGCCAAGCGCGUCACCAUCAUGCCCAAGGACAUCCAGCUCGCCCGCCGCAUCCGUGGGGAGCGCGCCUAGGUUCGUCGUGGUCGCCGGUCAUACUGCUGGGUACCGUAGUAGCUGUUCUUGUCUCGUGAUCUGGAUGCGUGUCGGGUGCUUGUGUUUGUUGGUGUUGAUAUGUUGUGUCGUCUGUUCCUAUGGAUCGUGAUGUUCGAAUGAAAUGGCAAUGCAAGUUCAGUUAUCAUUUGAUGCUAA